CUUUAAGAACCGAGGCGUGCUGGACACGCUUAAGAAGAUUAUACAUCGUAUGAAAGAUUUUGUAGCUUUUCUGAGCUGAAGAAUUAAUACAGUUGGGUUUCUUACUGAUUUCUUAUGGAUUACAUCUUCUAAUGAGAAUACUCUCAACUUUCUCGUGGUCCUAUCUGUCUGCCUGUGCUGCUAAGAGGCAGAGCGGAUCUGGAGCUACAGACACAGCUCCGAAACCAGCUAAUCCAUGAACUAAUGCACCCGAUUUUAAGUGGAGAGCUUCAGCCACAGGUUGUUCCAAGUGAUGAUAGUUCACUUUUGAUCACAGCUUCCAACAGUUUGGUGGCAGAUCAUCUACAGAGAUGUGGCUAUGAGUAUUCACUUUCUGUUUUCUUUCCAGAAAGUGGAUUAGAGAAGAAGAAGCUGUGGACUGCGCAAGAUCUUCUUCAAUUAAUGAGAAUCAAUCCAAAAUCCAGUCUUUACAAAUCACUGACUUCGGGAACUCAGAAGGAGAAUAAAGGUUUUCUUAUGCAGAUUUUAAUCGGACUAACAGAGCAUCAUCUAAGUAGGGAAACUCAUGACACAGAGACUCAGACAACCUCAGUGCCUCCUUACAGAGAAUCUCUUGCUGAGAAGCUUCAACUGAUUGAUGAACAGUUUGCAGACUCUUAUCCCCAGCAUCAAAAAUACGAAUCUUUAGAAGUAAAACUUCAUGAAUAUAGAAAAGAAAUAGAGAAGCAGCUUCAAGCAGAAAUGUGUCAAAAGCUAGAACAUUUUAAAGAAGUUGAAAUAGCAAAGAUUAAAAUGGAGGAGAAAGUGCAGACCCAGAAAGAAAUCUCUGAGCUGCGUCAUGAGUUGGAGAGGACACAUCAGGCAAAGUCUGAAGCCUUGAUUUCUCGUGAAAAGAAUGCUAUUGAGAGGCUUCAAAAGCAACAAGAGAUAGAAGCAAAGGAAGUAUACGCUCAGAGACAAAGUCUACUGAAAGAUAUUGAAGUCGUAAGGACCAGAGAGGCGGAACUGAAGCAAAGAAUUGAGGCAUUUGAAGUCACUCAGAAACUUCAGGAAGAGAAAAAUAAAGCUAUUGAUGAUGCACUUCGACGUCGGGAGGUUGCUGUGAAGAACAUAGAGGAGACGUAUGAUCAAAAGCUUAAGACAGAACUCUUGAAAUAUCAGCUUGAAUUAAAAGAAGAACACAUAGCCAGAACCAAUAAAGUUACUGAAGAUGAGAAAAAAAAUAAAGAGAAAGCUAUGUUUUUGCAUGAAGAAACCAUUGCUGUUAAUUCAAAAAAGGAGGAACUCAAGCAAGCUAUAUCACGCACGAGAGAGCUUGAGCUGGAUUUGGAGUCAGCGAAGGCCCAGGUUCUCUUGGUAAAUAAACAGAAUCAGUUGUUGACAGAAAAACUGAAAGAGGUGUCAGACUAUCCUUUGCUAAAGGAGGAGAAAUUGGAGCUCCAAGUGCAGAAUAAACUGCUUAGGCAACAGUUGGAUGAGACUCGCAGUGAGAACCAGCAUCUUCGAGACAAGCUAUCGCAGCCCUCGGCGGAGCACCUGGCCUGCCAAGUGGAGCUGAGGAGAGUGGAACAUUCUAGGAAGCUGGCGCUGGAUGAAUUUGAAAGUCAUAGGCAGAUUUUGGAAAAGCAGCUACAAAGUGAGGUUGAGCGUUGUGCCCAGUUAAAGACCCAACUGUUGGAGUCAGAAGCUACUGUCAGGAAGUUAAAUGUGCAGGUUGAGGAACUGAAACUGCAGGUGAAACAAACACAGGCAGCUCUAGAAAAUGAAGUGUAUCGGAAUCCAAAGCCUUCACUUGUCGAUCGCUCUGUCCUUGACUUCACUGGUGACAGAAUUGUACCUCAUGAUAUUUAUGUGGAUAGCACAUUCCUAAAGAAUCAGGUUAUGACUGAUGUGAUGAAGGUAAACGCUGUGCCGAGAUUUGGCUAUCAGCAGCAGUUACAGCCACGCAGUGCUUCUCCAGAUUCUGACCUAGAGUGUAUGGCACAAACCCGGGCUAGAAUAAAAGAACUAGAAAAAGAGGCAGAGUAUUUGGAAGAAGCCUACAGGAACUACCAACACAGAGUCAUGCAGGGUGCAGCUGCAAGCAGAACGCCAAGAAAGAUGCAGUCUCCUUUACUCCUACAGUGUGCUAUUAGUAGACCCCCCUUGACGACCCAGCAUGAACUUCUAGAGGAUAAUCCCAGCUCCCAGCACUCCCCCCUGAGCAGUCCAAGAGGUGAAAAACACAUCAAAAAAUCUGGGCAGGUUGAGGUCUUUAAAAAUCCCUUAACGCCACCGUGCAGAGGAGCGUCUUCUUCAAGACGCCUUUCUUCUACUCCCAUUUCGAAAUUGGAAAGAGAUCUCGGUAACAAGAAAACUUCAGAUGACAUCAGCGGCUCAUACCUUGCCUCUUCACAGCAGAGUGUUGACCAGGUGCUUUCUCCUAUUUCAAAGCCACAUCUACUUUCAUCUUCUGAGUCUGUUUCUUCCUCACCAUCCAGUCGUGGCCAGAAAAUCAGACUUCAUAACGAAAGAACAGAUAAACAAGAUUUCAGUGAUAUCCCCAAACCAGAGAAACUAAUGUAUGAGGACCUUGAAGAACGCAUUUCUUCUCUUGAAUAUCAGGGGGACAUUCCAGAGCAGUGUGAAAGUGAUGCCUUGCAUCCAUCUGGGGACAUUGUCAAUGGAAACCAUGUUACAGCCACUGUGCCAGCAACAGCCACUUCACUGCAGGAAUUAACGGUGCUGGAUCAAAGACAGAUUGAAGAACAGAAUAGAGAAGUUGAGAAAAACUUCGAAGAAAGGAAAGUAAGAGAAGAAAGGAGAGAGAAAGAACAACAGGAAGCUUUGGAAAGAGAGCAAAAAGAAGCGGAAAAGCUUAACAAAGAGCGGAUCCAAGACUCGAUGAAAAUAAAUGAAGAUGAGGGAGUAAAAUCUGAAAACAGUGAUGCUGGUGCUGAAGAUAAUGUAAAGGUUCCUACUCCAAAUCCAUUAGAAAAAUACAUGAGAAUAAUUCAACAGCGCAGAGAGGAGGAACUGGCAACCAAGGAUUCAAAAAAAGAAGAAACAGAAGUAUCACUUACAGAGGGACUUGUAUCUAGUGAAAAGGAUGACAGCACUGCAGGCAUUUCUCAUGGAGACAUGGAUGAAAACUUCUGGUGAACAACAGUACUGAGUUUUACUAUUAUUACUUUUUACAAAAAAAAAAGUUUUUAAAGCAGCUUUCUGCCUGUAAAAAGUUGUAAUAAAUGUUAGGCACCAAGAUUGCAGGCUAUAUAAUUAUUAAUUAAUAAAGCUGAUUUUGAGUUGUC